GGUAAGCUGUAGGUGAAAGUGAAAGUGGCUAAAACAGCUCAGAAUGGCAGAAAGCACAAGUGCUGGUGAGAAGAACUCAAGUGGAUCAGGGACUUUGAAGACCUUGAUUCGAAGCUUCUCACUGAGAAAAAGAAGAGAAAAUGAAGUAGCAGCAGCAGAUGGAACUGCCUCUAACACCAAGCCUGCCUCUUCUGACACACAAAAAUCACCUACAGCAGAAGAUGGUUUUAGGAGGACAAAUUGGAGAAGAAGUUUCAAGCGACAAUCUAUCCAAGAAAUAUUUAAAUCUGUCCCAGAACAUGAUGCCACAACCAGCACUGUAAUGGAGAAAGAGACCACUAAGGACUGUGACUUCACCUAUACUAUUCUGCCAACACCUUUGUCGGUAAUGGAGAUUAGCAAUCUCAUUGAAACGGCAGCCUUGAAAGAGGCCUAUCUGAAUAUACUCUCUCUGCAGAAGCAGGUUCAAUGUGAGCAGGAAGCUCUGGGUGGAGAAGCUUCUCCAGUGAAACUAGCCAAUAAAGAGAAAGACCUGAAUCUGCUCUACAACAGCCUGAGGGACAAACUUUCUAAAAUUGUCUGUCAAUCCUGUACCCAGCCUUCUUGCAACAAGGAGCUACUGGUGCAGGUGGUUGGCAUCAUUCAGGAUAAGGAAAAGAGAGAAAAAGAUGAGGAGAGGGUGGGGGGAUGGAGAGAUGUCUGGAAGACUGCAAUACAGCAAGGGGUGAAAGAGACACUCGGGAAGAUUCACCUGAACAGCUAUGAGCAAAAUGUUUCCUGUAUAGGAGUACACUUGGAGCUUUUGGGUAAAAAGAUUGUGGAGUUGCUAGAGAUGGUAAAGGAAGAGAUUUUGAAUUUUUAUCCACAGAGUUUCCCAGUGUUCGAAACCUAUGCUUCAUCUUGUCAUGAGUUUGUAGGUGAACACCUAAAAGAGCUUCUGGGAAAGACGACAGAACUGAAAGAUUAUAAUGCCAUGCUGGAUUUUGCUAUCAACCGCUAUCAUAGUGAGAUGAUUCUUAGUAGUCCCUCUUUGCAGCCAGAGAUGAAAGAGCAGAAGUUUCUCACACUAUCUGGUGACUUGCUAGGCAAGAUUAAGAAAGCAUAUUGUGACUGUCUACAGGAUACUCUACAUGGCUCAUUGGACAAUCUUAUUAAUGCUGAACAGGAGGAAGUAUGGAAGAAGAAAGUAACACCCAAGAGAAUAAAAGAUGAAAUAUUCCUCAUAUCUGAAGUUUACACACAUGUCUGUGAAAUUAUCAGGAAAUAUUCUGAAAAUUGUGCAAAGAUUGAUAAGAAUCUGGAAAGGAUGGCCGUAUGCAAAUGUAUGGAGGCUCUGAAACACUUUCCCAAAAGAUUUGAAGAGGAGUUUUCAAAGCAGAGCCGCUCCUUGUUGGGCUCAGACUUACUGGACUGCUGCCUGUGGGCUGAAUAUCACGUUGCCUAUAUCAACAGCUUUAGCUUUCUCAAAGAGCACAUGGAGGGCUACAGAGAGAAGUGCCCAGGGCAGGUGGAAGAACUUGUGACAGAGGUGGAUGGACUCAUUGACCGCCUGAGACAAGCUCUGCUGGAGCAAUUUAGAGUUGAAAUUGAGCCCUACCUGGGUGGUCUAAUGACCAAGAAUUGGCUCAACACAGAUACUGAUUUCAAUGAACUGGUUAACAGAAUAGAGACUUACUCUGGAUACAGCAAAUCCAUGAGACGUCCACCUGCACAGUCUUUUGCCAAUGAUGUGCAUUACCAUGUAGUGAAAGGGUACAUAUCUGAACUACUGAGGAAUAAAUACUCUUGCAAAGGCAAGAAGAAUGACAUUGCUGCUGCUAAAAUUAAUGAGCAGUGGACUGAGCUUAAGCAGCUAUUCUGUGAAAUGGGAUCAACCUUAGACUGGCUUCACUCGCUAGGAUAUCAAAUUAGUAAAAUCAUUGAACAGGAGCAUGAGAAAGCUAUAAAGAACGUGUUAACACCGUUGGUUGAAAAUUACCCAGACAUAAGUAAAAAGCAACUCUCAGCUAUUCUAUACUUCAGAGACAGCGGUUUCAAGUUUGAGAGGUCACCGGCCAUUCAGUGCUUCACUGAGCUUAAGCGGAAGAUAGAUAACAGUAAAACAGAAAAUACUGGAGCUCACACCUUCUUCAGUGACAUCAAGUGAAACAGACAUCAGCCUGGUGCCCUUCUAGAAGUCCCUAAGCCUUGAUGACCUCUAUCAUUACAUCACUUGUGUAAAGAAGAUGGUUUGGGUUGGAUGCAAAUGCAGGUUUUAUUAAAACAAACAAACAAACAAACAAAUCCAAAAGAGCAUUCAAAGAAUGUAGUCAAGAAACAGACACUGAUCAGGUGAUCAGCUAACAACAUCCAAAAGGGGCAAAGACAAGAAUUAAUGUAGCAAAUAUAUUACAGUUAAAACAGUGAGAGCAAAAUGAGAAAACAAGGCUUGGUAACAUCACUAGUAUUAACCAGGAGGGAGACUUCGCAAUGACUGAGAGCUUGUGUGUCGUUUAUAUAUGUACAGUAUCUAUAACACCUAUACAACUGUAUACUCAUGCGGUUACCUAAUCAGCCAAUCUUGUGGCAACAGCGCAAUACAAAACAAUCCUGCAAGAGUUUCAGUUAUCAGUUAUCAUUAGUAUGAAGCAGAUUUCUUUAUUGCUAUAAUUCCUUUCAUGCUGAUGAAACAUUGUGAUGUGUAAAUGGGCUUAAUAAAGGUGCUUUUUCUGUUUUGAACUUAAAUAUAUAAAUUUGACUAGAUAGUGUACUGACAAUGCUGUACUGCUAUUGAAAUUGAUAAUUUGUCAAAGGUUAAUUACAACAUUUUAAAGGAAAAAAAGGUUGUGCCAGACAAAUAUCAAUGACAGCGUAAGGCACAACACUACUUAUGAACAGUGCUAGCUGGUAUAAAUUAUUUGUUGGUGCCAGUUGAGAUUGAGUAUUUCAGAAACUGCUGAUCUCCUGGGAAUUUCACACACGACAGUCUUUUUUGUUUUUUGUUUUUUGCACAGAAUGGUGCGAAAAACAAAAAACAUUGAGUGAGCCACAGUUCUGUGGGUGGAAUUAAGUGAGUGGGUUAACAUUAACUGAAGCUCUUGACCUGUAUCUGCAUGGUUUUUUGCAUUGUGCUGCUGAUUAGAUAACUGCAUGAAUAUGCAGUUGUAUGGGUGUUUCUGAUAAAGUGGACAAUGAUACACACACACACACACAUAUAUAUAUAUACACACAUAUAUACACACAAAUACAUACAUAUAUACAUAUGUAUAUAUAUAUAUAUAUAUAUAUAUAUAUAUAUAGAUGUUCAGAAUUUAUUGAACAUUUACUUUCUUUGUUUUAAAUAUUUAAAAAUUCUAAAACCUAUUUCCUCAGACUUUUGGACACCACACAGUAUAUACAGUCAUGGGAAAAAGAAAGUAUACCCUCCUUCAGUUCUACGUUUUUAGUUUUUAGGCCUAAAUAACAAUUAUGUGCUCCUCAUGAACUUAUAUAAACAAACAAAUAAACUCAGAUGACAACAGAAAAAUACAACAGAUUUCAAUAUGUAGUCUUUUUUUCCCCCAAAAAGUAAACCAAGUUUCAGAAACCAGAUGGGAAAAAAUAAGUACACCCUAGAAUUCAGUAACAUGUAGACCCACGUUUAGGAACAAUAACUUGAAGUAAACAUUUUCUGUAGGAGUUUAUCAGUCUUUCACAUAGUUUUGAAGACAUUUUGACCCACUCUUCUUUACAACAUUGCUUCAGUUCAUUGAUGAUUGAAGGUAUUUGUUUAUGCACAGCUCAGAUCCUGCCACCGCAUCUCAAUGAGUUGACUUGGCCAUUCCAGCACCUUCAUUUUUGUCUUCUUUAGCCAUUCAGAUGUCAAUUUGCUGGUGUGUUUGGAUCAUUGUCAUGUUGAAUGGCCUCACAUUUGUCUCAAGAAUAUUCUGACAAGUUUCCCAGGUCCUGUGGCUGCAAAACAAGCCCAAAUCAUCACCCCUCCACCACCAUACUUGACAGUUGGUAUGGGGUGUUUGUGGUGAUAUGCUGUGUUAGUUUUCGCCAAACAUGGUGCUGUGCAUGAUGACCAAACCUCUUCACCUUGGUCUCAUCAUUUCAAAGGAUAUUGCUACAGAACGUUUGUGGUUUACUCAGAUACAAUUUUGCAAACCUAAGUCAUGCUGCUAUAUUCUUUUUGGGGAGAAGGGCUAUUUUGUAGUCACCUUUCCAUGAAAGCCAUAAUUGUUCAGUUUUUUUUCUGAUUGUGUGCUCAUAACCAUAUACAUUUAAUGUGCUUACAGAGGCCUGUAGGUCACAUGAUGUACAAUUGGGUCCAUAAAUAUUUGGACAGUGACACAAUUUUCAUAAUUUUGGAUCUGUACAACACCACAGUGGAUUUGAAAUGAAGCAAUCAAGAUGUGAUUGAAGUGUGGACUUUCAGUGCAGUCCUUCUUUUUCAGUGUGUUUGCCAGUGCAUUCCUUCUUUUUAAGACUGUACCAAAUAGAUGAUUUGGCCACUCCUAAAAUUUCUGCUAUCUCUAAACAGACAGGUCUGUUAUGUUUCUCUAUUCUAUGUUUUUUAGCCUAAUGAUGGCCUCCUUCACUUGCAUCGACACCUCUUUGGACCGCAUAUUAAGAGUUUCCAGCUACCAAAUGCAAAUUCAACACUUGGAAUCAACACCAUACCAUUUAUCUUCUUAAUUUGUUGUGAAAUAAUGAGGAAACUGGCCAUGAAACUGCUUGUCAGUCAAUUGUCUAAUUACUUUCGGGCCUGUGAAAAAGGAGGGACUCUAAAAAAUGGCUGUAAUUCCUAAACGGUCAAUGCAAUGUUUUUGUGAAACCCCUUGUAUUAAAGCUGAAAGUCUACACUUCAAUCACAUCUUGCUUCAUUUCAAACCCAUUGUGGUGGUGUACAGAGGCAAAAUUACAAAAAUUGUGUCACUAUCCAAAUACUUAUGCACCCGACUGUAGCUGUUGGGUUUUUCUUUAUAUUCCUGAGCAUUAAACAGUCUGACCUUGGACUGAAUUUGCUGGGACCCCCACUCCUAGGAACUUGAAGAGUCUUGAAGGCCCUCCACUUCUAAAACAAUACUUCUCACUGUAGAAUGCUGAAUUUCAAAUUGUUUGGAGAUGGCCUUAUAACCCUUCCCAGAUUGUUGAGAAGCAACAAUUGCUUCUAAGAGGUCAUGGCUGAUGUCCUUUCUUUUUUGGCAUGAUGUAGACACACACCUGAGUGCUCCAGAACACCAAACUGCCAAAGGUUCUGCUUCUUGAUGAUUAAUUAAUCUUGUGCAUUUCAUUGGUAACACCUAGCUGCUAAUUGUGCGCUUAGUGAUUGUGGAAGUAGGAAGGCAGACUUUUUUUUCCUGGUUUGUGUGAAUGUUGGAUUACUUUUUGGGAAAAAAUUACUAUAUAUUGACAUCUGUUGUGUUUUUUAGUUGUUUACAGCACAUAGAUGGGGUGUGCUUGAAAGGUGUUUUAACAAAUGUAAUUAUCUAUUUGGGCUAAAGGUAUGUUAUUUAAAAAGAAUACACAUUUCUAUUUUCUUAUUUCGCUUGUUUUGUAUAUUAAAUCAUUUAAAAAAAAAAACAACUUAAUCUACCCUACAGCUACUGUGUUUUUGUUUUUGUUUUUUGUAUACAUUCAUGAAAAUUCCUAUUUGAUAUUCCUAUUUUUCUUUGUACAUUACUGGUAGUUACCACUAGAUGGAGACCCACAGCAGGUGUUGCAUGAUAUCACCCUGUAUGCUUUUCCAUCUCAAAUAUAGAAUAAGCCAUUGAAAUUCUGUGCAUUAUUAAAAGGAUGUGAGAUUUGUGGAACCUUCUAGCUUACACUUUGAAAGUAAUAUGGUGCUGUUUGGAUAUAUACAGUACUGUGCAAAAGUCUUAGGCACAUGCAAAGAAAUGCUGUAGAGCAAAGAUGCCUUCAAAAAUAAUGAAACUAAAUAUUUCUACAUUAAAAAAAUACUAUAAAGAGCAGUAAACAGUAAUAAAUGAAACAAAGUCGAUAUUUGGUGUGACGAUCCUUUGCUUUAAAAAAAAAAAAAAAUAGUAGUCUCAGGUACAAUUUGUGCAGUUUUGUAAGGAAAUUAGCUGUAAGUUUUACUGACCAUCUUACAGAAGCAACCACAGUUCUUCUGGAGACUUUGACUGUCACACUUGCUUCUUAUUUUUGCAGCAAAACCCAGCAGCCUUCAUUAUGUUUUUUUGUCUGAAAAGUGUCUCUUAUGUAAUAUGCUGCUUUCUUUACUGCCAUACAAACAUUUUUCUGUAACAUUUAAUUUUGUGCUGGAAAACUAAUGUAUGGAAAUCUAAAAAGUUUUUGUACUGAAUCAAUAAUGUAGAAGUCAUGAAAUAAAAAUCUAUAACAAAGUUUGUACUAAAAAAAUAAAGGGUGUCUAAGACUUUUGAACAGUACUGUACAUUUAUGACAACUGACCUUGUAUCAUUAGUAUGAAGCGGCUUUAUUUAUUGCUUCACUUCCUUUCAUGCUUAUGAAACAUUGUGAUCUAUAAACAGGGUUAAUAAAGGUGCUUUUUCUGUUCUGAACAUAAA